AUGGCAAACACAAUUCUCAUCGUCACUUUUCUCUUCUUGUUCUCGAUGAUUGUCUCUUCAUUGACUAACACAAAACAUUUCACCGUCGAGUUGAUCCACCGUGACUCUCCUCAUUCCCCUCUCUACAAACCACAAACCACCCUCACCGACCGCCUCAACGCAGCUUUCCUCCGCUCCAUCUCUCGUUCCCGCCGCUUCAACCACCAACCCCAAACCGAUCUCCAGUCCGGUUUAAUCGGAGCAGGUGGCGAGUUCUUCAUGAGUAUCACCAUCGGUACUCCACCGACGAACGUCCUCGCGAUAGCCGACACAGGAAGUGACCUAACUUGGGUCCAAUGCAAGCCCUGUCAACAAUGUUACAAAGAGAACGGUCUGAUCUUCGACAGUAAAAAAUCCUCUACUUACAAGAGCGAGCCUUGCAACUCACGUAACUGCAACGCUUUGUCUACCAACGAACGUGGAUGCGACGAAGCUAAAGGCGUAUGUAAGUACCGUUACUCGUACGGAGACAAGUCUUUCACAAAAGGUGACGUUGCUACGGAGACCAUCUCCAUUGGUUCUGCUUCAGGCUCCCCUGUUUCUUUCCCUGGAACUGUCUUCGGUUGCGGCUACAAUAACGGCGGUAACUUCGACGAGACUGGCUCAGGGAUCAUCGGUCUCGGUGGUGGUCAGUUAUCUCUGAUCUCUCAGCUCGGUUCGUCGAUUUCUAAUAAAUUCUCUUAUUGCUUGUCACACAAGUCAUCUACCAUGAACGGCACAAGCGUGAUAAACCUAGGAACCAGCUCGGCUCCUUCCGGUGCAAGUAAAGUUUCCAACGUGGUAUUAUCAACUCCGUUGGUAGAUAAAGAGCCUCAGACUUACUACUACUUGACGCUCGAAGCUAUCUCCGUCGGCAACACAAAGAUUCCGUACACGGGCACCACGUAUUACCCUAACGACGACGGAGCAUCCUCGGCGGCGACGAAGGGGAGCAUCAUCAUCGACUCGGGAACUACACUGACGCUUCUCGAGUCUGGUUUCUUCGACAGGUUUGGCGCGGCGGUGGAGGAGUCCGUGACUGGAGCGAAGCGUGUGAGUGAUCCGCAGGGGCUUUUGUCGCAUUGUUUCAAGUCAGGGAGUGCGGAGAUCGGUCUGCCGGAGAUAACGGUGCAUUUUAGCGGCGCUGACGUGAGGCUUAGUGCGCUGAAUGCGUUUGUGAAAGUGAGUGAAGACAUGGUUUGCAUGAGUAUGAUUCCGACCACUGAGGUUGCUAUUUUUGGGAACUUUGCUCAGAUGGAUUUUCUCGUUGGGUAUGACUUGGAGGCGAGAAGGGUUUCGUUUCAACGUAUGGAUUGCUCUGCUGGUUUGUGAAUGUAAUAAUUUUAGGGAAAAUUGCCAAAAGAGAACAAAAAAACAAAGGUGUUGUCCCCUUGGUAUAAUAUCAUCACAUAGUUGUCCUUAUGGUAUAAAUCUUUUCAUAAUCCCAAAACUAACCUUUCAUUAGUAAAUUAAUAACAAAUUAAAACGAAAUUAAUUAAUCUCUUAAUUAAUUAUAAUGAAAAAGGUUUAAAAAAAGGUUUUCACAAGACAAAAAAAUGUCAAAAAAUAAGAUGAAUAAAUACCACCCUAAUAAACAAUUUCAUUUUUCUCUCUUUGUCCUCCGCCUCUCUAUCUCUGUCGAGAGGAAACCAAACCCUAAAACAUUCUGUCUCCGUCUCCGGUGACAUCUCCGCCUCCAUGGCUCUCUCUAUCUCCGGCGUAACCCCUUCAUAUGUCCCCUUCUCUGAGCCUCUCCGUCUCUCCACCUCUCCGUCUCUCCGCCUCUCUUUCUCCGUCUCUCUGCCUCUCUCCGGUAACAUCUCCGCCUCUCUGGCUCUCUCUAUCUCCGAUGUAACCCCUUCAUCCGUCCCCUUGUCAGUUGUAUUUUCAUGGAAUUAAUGGGCCGUAAACCCCUCUUCCCUGGUCGAGAUCAUGUUCAUCAGCUUCGCUUGUUCAUGGAGGUAAAGUAGACAACACAACAAAGACCCUUAGUAAAUAAGACACGUUGACAUAAUUUUUCUUUUUCUUCUUGCAGCUAGCUCAUAGGAACUCCAUCAGAAGCAGAGGUUGAGUUCUCGAACGAAAAUGCAAAGCGGUAUCCAUCACUGAUAAGUUCCCCUUAGUGCAUCCUUUAGCUAUAGAUCUUAUACGGGAAGAUGCUGACGUUUGAUCCUAGACGAAGAAUCACAGUUCUAAACGCGCUGGAACAUCCAUACUUGAACUCGCUGCACAACAUUAAUGAUGAGCCAGAGUGCACAACACCUUUCAACUUCGAUUUUGAGCAGCAUGCACUCUCAGGGGAGCAGAUGAAGGAGCUUAUAUACCGUGAGGCGCUUGCUUUCAAUCCAGAGUAUCAGCAAAUAGUUUGAAGAACAUCAAUUGGGAAAUGACAGUUGGAUCGGGCUUGGUUUGGUUGGACUAAAACAUUGUUUGUCUGUCUAUUGUGUAUACCUGUGAUAGAUGCUGGAAAGGGAUGUGAUCAGUGGGUUUCAAACUUUUAUUUUUUUUAGUAUUUUAGGUUUUCUUUUCCUUCUACAUUUUGUACUUUGCUCAUCUUUUUUGCUUUGUAAAACAUAAUGAUAAUUGCAAUUUUGAUUUCCAGUGUAUUGUUGUUGUCUAAGAAAGAUAAAAAAGAACUAUUGAUAUUGCAGAGAAAAUGAGGAUGAUGAAACAAAAAGGACUUCAUGUUCUGUCUUUUGCUCUAUACACAUAGAAAGUGGGUUCGCUUAUGUACGAAUGAGAUACAUAGCCAGUGAGCAAAAUAUAGCUACAAAGUACACACAAAAAGUUGGUUCCCUGUUUCCAUUUACUUCCUGCGGAAAAACCUCAUUAAUAGUCACAAUAUUUCAUCUUUGUUUUCACUUUAAGAUCAUAGAGAACAAGAGUUUGUGAAAAAAAAUCAAAAGAAAAGCUAUGAAAAAAUCA